AUGCUGUCAAUCAAUGGGUUCAGUGCAAUUGAAUCGGAAGUCGCAGCGUUGCUGGACGAAUGCCUGAGUUUAGUGCGCCGAAUCGCCAGCGAGGAUCAGAGGUCAAAACCGGCGAAAGACAUUGCCGAAAACGACUGGAAAGAGGAGGCAUCGAAGUCAGGAAGAGGGCAGCAUAAAUUCGUCCAACUCAGUGACUUGGAGAAGGAAAAACUGUACAUCGCGACGCUUUACGCCAUCAAGCACAAAGUCGAAGUGGUAAACAUCGACCCGAUUUCCUCAGCCGACCUUUUCGACUUCGUUCAAGAUGCCUUCGAAGUUACUGUCGAGGACCACUGGAAGUACAUGGCGGAUGUGCGUGAGGAAAAGCCACCGGCGGUGAUAAUCAACGUCGUGGUGGUAGAAGCCAAGGAUCUGAAAGCGAAGGACGUAAACGGCACCAGCGAUCCGUACUGUGUGCUGAGCGUCGCCAGCGGAACCGUGUCGGCGUCUUCAAGACGCGUCAGCACCGCUGAUGACGAUUCACCGGAGCUGCCCUGCUCUAAAGAGCUGGAAAAACGACUCUCCGGUCAGUUUGUCGAGAAGGUCACUCUGGACAGCAGAGACAUGAAAUGUGUCAGUGAGGUCAAAGCAACGUCCGUCAAACGCUGCACGCUGAAUCCCGUGUGGAACGAGAAGUUUCAAAUGGUAGUGGAUGACGUUAACACGAACACUCUUCGAAUCGACAUAUGGGAUCUGGACGACAGCGAGGCUAACGUCAUUGAUGCCUUGAAGAAACUGAACGAGGUCAACAGCCUGAAAGGAUUAUCCAGAUAUUUCAAACAAGUUGCCCAGAGUGCGAUGACGAACGCCUCUAGAAGCGUGGACGACUACCUGGGAUGUGUGCGGAUUCCGAUUAAGGUGGACUGUGUUUCUGACUAG